AUCUCUCUUGUCAAAAACGAUAGUGACGGUUUUUGAAUGAUGUGCACUGGGUUCUUCAUGCUUCUGAGAAAAUUUACAAAGAACUGAAGGCAACGAACCGUGGCGAGUUUAACGUGUUAUUUUAUCCGCAAACCUGUCAUUAUUUCUUUGGACGUUUGUGUGUAAACUGUAGUGAUUGUGUACUUUUUCACGUCGUAGUAGAUGAAGUUAAGCUAACUCCAAACCAAACUUUUAGUUUUUUAUGUUUUGUAAAGUAUUCAGAACAACAUGGAGUCAGAGUUUAAUGUGGUACCGAGCUUUGUGGGCCUGUAGCAGAACCUUCUGUUUAUUAGCUCUGUGGACAUGACUCGUUGAUCAGCGGAGCCUGUUAGCAUGUAGCAUCAACGGGAUGAAUGUUGAACUUAAGGUGAGAAGAGUUUCCACGAGAAAGAGGUCGAGGGUCACGAGGACUCACCUGACACCUUUAAAAAAGCGCCGAGAAGGUAAAAGUCCCCAGAACAGGAGGCUCAUGGCUGAUGUCAAACCUGUGGAGUGCUUCAGUGACAGUGAGGAUCUGUUUGGCGGCUACGACAGCAUCCUGGAUGACAGCUCUCUGCUGGCAAAGCUGGACGGUGUAGAACAUGAAAGACAGCGAAAGCAUCAGAGCACAACUUACACCGAUGUGGAUCAGCAGGACUACACAAGUCUGCAGCCAUCAAACGCUGGGAAACAACGCUGGACUGAGACUCUCACUGACUCCAUCCUGGACGAUCUUCAAGAUGAGCACCUGGAGGAAUUACCAAGCAGCCAGCUUCAUUAUCUAGAACAAAUUGAUGAAAGUGUAAAGAGGAGCAGAUUACAGGAGAGAAAUCAAACCUCUACUCCAUCCCGAACCACAGACAGGACUGAAACACAGACAAACACAGAAGCUAACGCACACAGGCGACGCAGCGUGAGGAGGAGCGUGUCGGAUCAUCUGAAGACGACAAUGCUCUGUAACGCCUCUGCUCCUACAAACAUUUCUCGCUCUGUGGUUUUAAAAGAAGCUGUGGUUUCAGAGGAGAUCAGCGUCGCCAUGCAGGCUAUGGAGACGGUCUCUGCUGAGAGUCCCGACCUGGGGCCCUUCUUUGGACUCCCCACCAAAGUCAAAGACCUGAUGUACAAACUCAGAGGAAUCAGGAAAUUAUAUGAUUGGCAGGAGACAUGUCUAAACCUGGACUGUGUUCAGCAAAGGAGGAAUCUGAUCUACUCCCUUCCCACUAGCGGAGGGAAAACCCUUGUGGCAGAAAUCCUCAUCCUGAAAGAGCUGCUGUGCAGGAAGAGGGACUGUCUGUUCAUCCUGCCCUACAUCUCACUGGUGCAGGAGAAGGUUCGUGGCUUGGCGAGCUUUGGUUUGGAGCUGGACUUCAUGGUGGAGGAGUACGCGGGCAGCAAGGGCAGGUUUCCCCCGGUGAAGAGGACAAACAAGAGCUCCCUGUACAUCGCUACCAUAGAGAAGGCCCACAGCCUCGUAAACUCCCUGAUAGAGACCAACCGGAUAGAAAAGCUUGGGCUGACCGUGGUUGACGAGCUUCACAUGCUGGGUGAUGGCAGCAGAGGAGCAACCAUUGAGAUGACGCUAGCUAAAGUCCUUUAUACCAGCAAAACAACUCAGAUCAUAGGAAUGAGCGCUACUCUGGGAAACAUCAGGGACCUGCAGAUGUUUCUGAAAGCUGAAAACUACACAAACGACUUCAGGCCUGUGCAGCUGAAGGAAUAUGUUAAGCUGAGGGACAGCAUCUAUGAAGUGGACCCACGGGAGGAGGAGUGUUUCAAGUUCUCUCGCGCUCUCAACUUUAAGUACUCUGGUGCCAUGCAGAGGAUCGACCCAGAUCACAUCAUUGCUUUGGUGACUGAGGUCAUUCCGACACAUUCCUGCCUUGUUUUCUGUCCCACGAAGAAGAACUGUGAGAACGUGGCUGGAAUGAUCUGCAAGUAUCUGAAAGAGGAGUUUCUGCAGCACAGGCAGGCGGAGAAGGCCAUCCUCCUCCGGGAGCUGAGGGACAGCGGGAACGGCUCUGUGUGUCCCGUGCUCAAGAAGACGGUGCCAUUUGGUUUGGCCUAUCACCACAGCGGGCUGACCAGCGAGGAGAGGAAACUGAUGGAGGAGGCCUACUCCAGCGGGGUGCUGUGCCUGCUCACCUGCACCUCCACACUGGCUGCAGGCGUCAACCUUCCUGCUCGCAGAGUAAUCCUGCGCUCUCCGUACGUGGCCACAGACUUCCUGAAGAGGAGCCAGUACAAACAGAUGGUGGGCCGGGCCGGACGCGCGGGCAUCGACUCUGUGGGAGAGAGCAUCCUCAUUGUGCAGGAGAAGGACAGACAGAUGACAAAGACUCUUGUGUGCUCCCCGACUGAGAACUGUUACAGUCACCUUAUGCACGACGAUGGAAAAGGCCUCCAGAGCCUCAUCCUGUCCCUCAUUGGACUGAACGUGGCGACAUCCUCGGAUCAGCUGCGGGAGUUCCUGCAUGGGACACUGCUGUCCGUGCAGCAGGAGCAGCUGUGUGUGGAGAAGAGUCUGUGGCAGGUGGUGCAACAGAGUGUGGAGGUCCUGAAGGAGAAGCAGCUGAUCACUGUGGCCUCAGAAGAACACAACAACACGCUGCAGGUCACCAAGCUGGGAAAGGCCACGUACAAAGGUUCUGUGGACCUGACCUACAGCGAUGUUCUCUACAGAGACCUGUGGAAGGGCCUGGAGGGUCUUCUGCUCAACAGCUACCUUCACCUGGUUUACCUGGUCACGCCCUACGACCUGAUCUCACAGUGCCGACCCGACUGGAUGAUUUACUUCAGACAGUUCACACUGCUGUCUGCUGCAGAGCAGAAGAUGUCUGCAGCAGUUGGAGUUCCAGAGAGUUUUGUUGCUCGAAAAGCUGCAGGGCAGACGGUGAAAAAGGAUGUGAACUCGGCGGUGGUGACCCGGAUGUAUUUGGCUCUGGUUCUGUUCUCUCUGCUGAAGGAAACCAACCUUUGGAGCGUAGCCGAGCGGUUUCAGCUGAGCCGAGGCUUCGUCCAGACGCUGCUCAGCUCCUCCUCGGCCUUCUGCUGCUGUGUGCUGCACUUUACUGAGGAGCUGGAGGAGUUCUGGCCUUUCAAAGCUCUGCUGACUGAGCUGACGCGGAGGCUGAGCUACUGCGUGACUGCUGAGCUCGUCCCUCUAAUGGAGGUGGCUGGAGUCAUGGAGUCCAGAGCCAAGCAGCUGUACAACGCCGGCUAUAAGACGCUGACCCACCUGGCCAACGCGGACCCCGCACUUCUCUCCAGCACCAUAGAGAACCUAUACAGGACACGGGCCCAGCAGAUAGUGGCCUCUGCUAAAAUGCUCCUGAAUGAAAAGGCUGCAGCUCUGCAGGAGGAGGUGAAUGAGCUGCUGACGACGCCUUCAGAUCUGCCACAACCGCCCCCUCGGCCUCUAGAUGCUCCCACAAAGAAACAAUAAACACGACUUAGAGAUUA